UUGAUGUUGGUUAAUUGAGCAUGUUGGAUAUUGAUAGGAAAGUCUAAGUAAGUUUUUGCUAAGACGUUCAGCUAGUGCUAUUCUGAUGAAUCUGUCUUGACCAUUUUGUUGAUAAUUUUGUAAGGGAACGUUUUAUCAUUCUUCUGUUGACUCCUAGUUUAAAUCUUUUACCAUAAUUUCGCUUCCGAGCUUCCAUACAAACCGUAGCUAUUUCGUUGGAGCUGUUACUGUACAAUAUGUUUGGGAGAUAAGUUCUAUGAGGAAUUUUGUACGCCUGAUUAUGGCGGCGUAGAGGGAGUGCGGGCCCGGCGUGCUAGCGCUGACUCCACCACUGUUGCUAUCGUUUGUGCAUCUGUCAAACCUCAAAUCAGAUGACCAUGUCGGUCAGCAACGACAACGACAAUGAAUCUGACUUGAAAGAAAUGAAGAAUUGGUCUUCGUUUUAUCUUGAUGAAGACAUUAGACGGAUCAGUACCAAACGCCUGAAAGAACGACUAGAUAAAUUGAUAAAAGACAUUGAUGUUGGAUUUGACACCACUGAGGAAAAUAUUUGUAUUCACAAUCUUGUUUCCUAUCUUUAUUGGAGCAGCGACGAGAAAGAAGAAGCAUUUGAAUUUGCCAAAAAAGCUCUUCAAUUGGGAAGUACAUGCACAUACACAUCGCUAGGAGGGACAGGAAAUUUGGUGACCAUAGGGAAUCUUUUUAACUUUCAUAGAGAAAGUGGUAAUAUAGUGCAGGCAAAUCAGUUAGAUAAACAACUUAAAACUUUGUCGAAAAGAGAAGAUUUUCAAGAACUCAAAUAUAUUGCCAAGGCAGAACUGGCCAUUUGUUUAUCAAAACUUGGUCCUUUUUACUCACAAAAAGCUAUUGAAAUGUUUCGUGACUCUGUUGACAAAAUGAGUGAUACAUUGGAUUGCUGGCAAUUUUACUUUGCCAUAACUCUCAGAAGAAAAUCCCAUCUAUUUGCCAUUCAAAAUAUAGACGACGCCGCAUUGAUAGGGAACAUCAAGGAAGCGUUCGACAAAUUUUUGAAAAUUAUUUCCAACAAUGCCUCAGUAAAACUUAAAUCAAGGUCAUGGUGCGAAAUCGCAGUAAUAUUGCGGGAGAAACCAGAUCUUGCAAGCACCGAACCAUGCCAUGGUAUGUAUGAGGAAUUAAAUUGCAUAACAUGCUUUGAGAAUGCUUUGGAAAUAUCUCCUCAAUCGUAUCAUGUCCUUCAGCAGUAUGGUAAACACUUGAGAUAUAAAUUCAUGUAUUCGAAAUCAAAGGAAAUGUUGGAAAAAUCAUUGGAAAUUCGUGAAACAUCAACGGCUCAUCACCACCUUGCUCUCACUCUUCAGAAAAUGGUCCUGCAAGAACAUAAUGAAAAGAAAAAGGCCAAGUUACGUAGAAAUAGUGCUAUUUUGCAGACGAACACAUCAAGUAGCACCGAAAACACUACUGAUGAUACAGAAUCUAAGCGGAAACGACAAAGAAUAAAACAGCUAGAGAAGCAACUGAAAUCACCUAGAUGGGUUCCAGAAUAUCCCGAACAUCAUCUGCUGCUGGAAGCCGAACAACAUCUGCAAAAAGCCAUAAAACUGGACGUAACCUUCCAUUCUGCAAGACGUGAUUUAGGUCUGGUCCAGAGAAUGCUUGGAGAACGUAAGACAGCCCUUACAAAUUUUCGAAACAUAACACAUGCUAAAACAUCAUCAAGUGAUCACUUUGUCUUACUCGUUGCUUACGAGCAACAAGCAUUCUGUAGAUUUGACAUAGAGAGAAAGAAUGGGGAUGAAAAAGAAUCAGAAAAUGCUGAAGACGCUUUAUGGAAUGCUUUGAGUAUUAUAUCUAUUUAUAUUGAUAUAUACCCUGACCUGAAAGAUGCAUGUAGCACCAUUAAAGAACUUCGAGAGAUUGUAGAAAGAGAUACGGCCCAUCCAGAGAAGGAAGCCAAAUUCCACGAAAAGUUGAAGGAUCACGAAAAUGUAUUCAAGUCUUACUCGAAGUAUACAGACUCAGAAGAAAAAUACAUGAAAAUGAUUGAGAAUUAUCGUGCUGAUGGAAAUUUCAGAAAGGCUAUCGGCCUAUUAGAUCAACUGAUAAUAAACAAAAAUCAAUUUUGUCCUUCUGCAGAAUUCUUGUUUCAAACAUACAUAGACGGGGCGAAUGAUUCUUUAACAAAAAGAAACUUCGAAGAUGUAAAGAUUAGACUUAUGCAAACCCUCAGAUACUUUCCAGCGUGGGAGAAAUAUUUCGAAAAUGAAAAUGACAUUGGUGUAGAUUUUCACAUAAUUCAUGAAUGUGAGGAAAAGUGUCCACGUGCAGAGAAGCUAUUAGAAAUACUGACACGUGGCACUUUCAUUAAGUGGAAUGUUACAUUAAAUGCAGAGGACUGCCUACCAGGAGUAGAUGUUCUACACUAUUAUGAUGACACACUGAAGAUGGCAAAAAUCAUUCUUCUUUUUCUCCAUGACAAAUCAUCGACAUGUCAUGAUGAGCAUCUAAAAAUAGCAAAGAAAGAUGUCAUCAUAGAUAGGAAAGAAAAGACGUUGUGCGUGAUUCUUGGUGAUGCAGAUCAGCCAUCCUACCUACCUAUGAUGGAACUUCCGCCUAAUAUUGACACCGUAGAGGAUGACGAUGAAGCUUCGGAGACGGUAGUUCUGGAAGCCCGUAUCAUAUGUGACAUCUUACAGCAAAUAUUCCAACUACAGACAAAGGGCACCUGUUGCAAUAAGAAGACGAGUACGAGCAGACACGAACCAUGAAAACAUAUCGCCAGUAUCGUGUUGAUAUACAUGCAUAUAGGAUCGGGCUCGAUAUUCCGAAGUAAGAAGCACAUUUCUGCAAGGAGAAAAUGUGAUAAAGUGAUAUUUUACUGUCGAUAUCGUAACCCAUGUAUUGUGUCGGAAUUUGAUUGAUCUUCAAUUUCGACAUUUAAGCUCUAAUUGAUAUAUACGUCUUGUUGCACAUUAUUUAGAAUAGGUAAUGCAAUACCGCUUGAAUUUCCUACCUUUCCCGUCAAACAUCAUGGCGAUUACAUUGAGAAAUGUAUGCCUCAAGAAAUUAGAUUUUAAUCUUACAGACUACUUCCUGGAGGAAUAUGCCAACUCAUGUUUACCAACAAAGUUCAAUAAUCGAACAGGUAAAGCAAAAACAUCUGUUCAAAAAGCUGAACGCGAGCAUUUACGAAGAAUCGACUCGGAUGGUCACAUUCCGCACGUCCGAUUAUAGACUGGGUCUAUGGAUCAAAGCUCUGCAUGUUUUAUAGACUGUUAAUAAAACGACAGUUCUUGUAUGUGCCUUUUGUUUGUUCAUCUUCUCUAAGUAACCUGUUUAAUUCAUAAACAAUUGAAUUGAU